UAAACCCGAGUCGAGUCGAGUCGUGCCCAGCCCGCUGCCUGCCGAUCACAUCCCUACUUGCUAACAGCUCGAGCUAGGUUGGGGAACUAGCCAUGAGCUAACGACGAGCUCGCCAAGAAGUCUUUUUUCCCCCUUUUUUUAUCAACAGCAACUCAAAACCUCGCCCGAGGCGGUACCCGCGUGAAAGCUUUCAACAACUCUGGAAGGGAUUUAAAGCCCCCGCUGCUGCAUCUGGUGUUGAUCUAAGUCGUCCGGCCUUCAUUUCACAAUCCCUCCCCGAUCGGAUCCCUCGCUACCCAGUGCCAUGGCAGCUGCUAAACCCAAAGGGCAGAAUUCUUUAGCCCUCCACAAAGUGAUUAUGGUGGGCAGCGGCGGAGUGGGGAAGUCGGCGCUCACGCUUCAGUUCAUGUAUGACGAGUUUGUGGAAGACUACGAGCCCACCAAAGCGGACAGCUACAGGAAGAAGGUGGUGCUGGACGGCGAAGAGGUGCAGAUCGACAUCCUGGACACGGCCGGGCAGGAGGACUACGCGGCCAUCCGUGACAACUACUUCCGCAGCGGCGAGGGCUUUCUUUGCGUUUUCUCCAUCACGGAGUUGGAGUCUUUUGCGGCGACGGUCGACUUCAGAGAGCAAAUCCUACGAGUGAAGGAGGACGAGAACGUUCCCUUCCUGCUGGUGGGCAACAAGUCGGACCUGGAUGACAGGCGGCAGGUGAAUGCGGAUGAGGCCAAGGCCCGCGCCGAGCAGUGGGGGGUGUGCUACGUGGAGACCUCAGCCAAGACCCGAGCCAACGUAGACAAGGUGUUCUUUGAUUUAAUGAGGGAGAUCCGGGCGAGGAAGAUGGAAGACAGCAAAGAGAAGAACGGCAAGAAGAAAAGUAAAAGUUUGGCCAAGAGAAUCCGGGAGAGGUGUUGUAUUUUAUAGUGGCCAAACAGCUACCCUAAAAAAAAAAAAAAAUUACGCCAGAGAGCUGUUUGUGUACAUAUACAUUUCCUCAGACUUUUAAUUUCAAGCGCCCCCCGCAACUCGCUGCUCCUUAUCCAUGCGUCUGGGGGAGUCGCCAGGCAGCGCUUCAUCCACUCGGUAACUUCCUAACGCGCUCACACUCCAAAUUGUUCACGUCGACCGUCUCCUCCUUCGCUUGUUUAAAUCAAGCCAAAAGAAGCUUUGGUGGGGUACACACAUUUAUGCAGAUUGAGAACCGAUGCGUCAAAUGUGAGAGCGUGCGCGUGAUGAGUGAAAGAAAAUAGGCAGGCGUGAGGCUGAUGGGUGUGGUAAAAUAUCGGGGGGGGGGGGAUGAAAAUCCCCGAUUUAGAGAGAUCACACUCCCAAAACAAAAAAGGAUCACAUUGAAACUUAAAACCCACGUUUGCAAAAGUACGCCUUAGUGCCUGGACUCACUCCGUUGCCGUCAAGAAAUGGGAGCUGAUCGUAUAACAUCACUUUGGGAAAAAAGACGGGCGCAGUUUUUUCGAAUGAGAGGCAAAGUGCGCCUGCCAGCCGUUUCUUGUAAAAAACAAUGACGCACCAAGCAAAUGAAAAGCUGCUACCGUGAUGCUAACGCAGAAUGCAAAACGCCAUCGAGGGGCCAAGGGAAAUUAGCAGAACUGCUCAGACUAAACUUUGACACAAGUGCUACUAAAGAUCCGCAACACGUGCAACUCUUCAAACGAGAUUCGGAGGCGGGAGAUUCUCUGUUCUGUGGGAGCAGAUUAGUCGGUGCUCAAAGUUGGGCCGGUCGUUGUGUGUACUCCGCUUUAGCCGAAAACACACCUCAAAGUCACUACAGCAACUUGGAAAUGAUCCCCCAAAAAGUUAUUUGGCAGUUUCAAUUCAGUCCUGCCAGGCAAAUGAGAAUCAUUUUAAUGAUUUUUUUGGUCUUUUUUUUUCUUCACCACCACUAAUUUUGUCGCCCAUAUUUACCUGGACUAUUUUUUUUUCCGUACUCAUGUUCUUCUAUUUUCCCUUCAUGAAAAAAAGCGCACUAACUUUCCUGUUUUUCUUUGCCGGAAUCCUCUCAAAGACAAAUAAUUCUCAGUCCUGGCACAUUUCAACCAUUUUUUCCCCCUCUAACCUCACGCGUUAUGAUUGUCAUUAACUUUAUUAUUUAAGUUAUUAUUACUGCGACUGAUGACUUUGUUUCUGUGAUCUAGUAAUUUUUGGUGCUUCAACAGGCCAGUCGAAUCGCACUAAGCUGGCAUCAUCAAGGUCCACAAAGGAUUGCGUUCAUGCCUGUUUGACCAAACUGACUGUUUUUUUUUUUUUUGGAACAAAAUAAUCUUGCUUAACCUUCUCUUUGCUUUAUUUGUUUCCUAAUUGGGCUGACCUCUAAUCAACAGAUAUGUCCCCGAGAGCAUUUACACCUUGAGAACUGAAAAGCUGAAACCGGAAAUGCACGUAAGACAUUAAUAAAAUUUAAAAAAAAAACGCCUCCAAUUUUCAGUCCCCCAUUCAAUCAAAAUAUUGUGGGACACGUACAAACGAGAGUUUCUCUCUGUCACCAAAGAAAAAAAAUCCUCGCUAGUAUUUGCAAAAGUGCCGUUGUUUUCAAUUGAAGUCAAUCUGGACCAAAAAAAAAAAAGCAGACGGAGACGAGCUUUUGCGCACGCAGCUGCCUAAAUGCCUGCCCAUUUCUUGGCCGAUAUUUCAGGAUGAAUCCCAAAUGAUGACUUGUUCAAUGGAACUACUUUGCGCAUGACUUGCUGGUGUUUAACAAAGUGCUCAAUCAACAUAAUUCACAUUCAUUACAAUUUCGGGUGUGCAUUUCUGCCUUUAAAGCCCGAUAUCCAUCGCUUUUUGAAAGUUGUGUACUUAAAAAAAAAGCAUCAAAUUGCCGCUUCGUUCCCUUCUUUUGCGAAGAACUGAGCCACAGCUAUGACUACGUUCCACCAUUUUCGACAAUAAACAAAAUGGAUGGCCACUACUGGAGACUAUGCAACAACAAUAGCAACAAAAACUGGUCUAAGGACAAAGCACGGAACAAUGUUUCCCAUUUCCGGUUCACGUUAAAAAAUAUCUUUUUAUUGCGCUCAUGUCACCCAAAAUGCUAAAGAAUGCCUCCGGUAUAUAUUGAUUGAAAAGCACACACGGUGGUGGGAGUGUUUUGAAGCUUUUAUGUGUUGAGGUGAAGCCAAUCAUUUAGUUAAAUGUAUGAGAAGGAAAGUAAGAGAAAGAUAGGAUUUUUUUUUUUAAGGGCUAACCUCCAGCAUAUGACGCCACCCCCACCCCUAAGAGUCAAAUGUCACAUUUUUAACAGUAAGGACUGAAUAGUGUACCUCCUCCAUGGUCGCAGUGUGCUCUUGUUGCUAAAAUAAUAAUCACAAAAAAAAUUACCACCGUUGUGCUUGCUGUUAUUGGCUUCAGAGUUGAAUCAUUGUUAGGGUAUUUAAAAAAAAGAAAACAAAAAAAGCAAAUGUCCGCCAUGAGCCUCUGAAAUGAUUUCUAUUUCCUCCUAAGACUGUGGCGAGACAGCCAAUUCAAAGAAAAUGUAUUGCCUUUUUAUAUUCAUGCUCUAAAAAAAAGUACUAAAAUAAUGUAUCUAGUAUACGUCUGUUUUUGGUGGGUGGUGGGGAUGUUUGCCACGAUUGAAAUGCUCACUUCAUGUUUACUUUUUCUUUUUGAAACAUAGCCACUAAUGUAGCCUCUACCUGUCUGUUCGUGUGCAAGAGAUGAUGCUUACAUUUCAAUUUUUGUGAGCGUGCGUGCGUGUGUCUGUGAUUUGGAAAUGGCAAAUAAAGGUGAUAUGACUAAUGCAA